CCCUGCCAUGGGCUGUGACAACUUCCACUACAUCAGGUUACUUGCAGCUACAUUCUGCUUGACUUGAGGACUUUGAAGGAUGGGGCAUCCACAGCUUCUCUGGGAAACUUUUCCAGUGCCUCACCACCCUCAGAGUAAUGAAUUCCUUGCCCCAUAUCUAAACCUUCCCUGUUUGAAACCAUUAUUCCUUGUCCUGUAACUACAUACUCUUCGUCCCUGUCCAUCUUUAAUAUUGGUCCCUUUUUGGUACUGGAAGGCCACAAUUAGGUCACACCAAAGCGUUCUCCAGGCUGAACAAUCCCAGUUCUCUCAGAUUGCCCUUGUGGGAGAGGUGCUCCAUCCCUCUGAUCAUGUUGGUGCUCCUCCUAUGGACUAUAUCCACCGGGUGCAUGUCCUUCCUGUGCUGAGGACCCCAGCGCUGGAUGCAUCACUGCAGCUGGGCUCUCACCAGGGCAGAGAACAGGGAGAGAAAACUGUCCCUUACCCUGAUGGCUGUUCUGCUUUGGAUGCAACCCAGGACACCACUGUCUUUCCAAGCUGUGAGUGCACAUGAUGAACUCAUGUGCACUCACAGCACCCCAGGGAUGCUGCUCUCGAGAUACACCAAGGGACCACCCACAGCUCUGAUAAAGAGCAGAUGCAGCUUCACAUUUUGAGCAGCACUGACCUGCAGCACAGCACCCGGGAACUAACUUUGUGCCUGGGAACAGCCGGAGUGCCACCUCCUGCUCCUGGUGUGAACUACACCAGCCUGCCAGCAGGAAUCCCCCUCCCUGUGUCCCACAUCGUUCACAGCCAUCAUCUCCUUGCACCACCAGGCACCAAAACCCAUGUGGGAACUCAUAUCCCCUCAUCCCACUUCCAGCUGCCUUUGUUGAUCAGGGCUUUUGUACCCACAGCUUCAACACAGAAUCACAGAAUGGGUCAGGUUGGAAGGGACCAGAGUGGAUCACCUGGUCCAACUUCUCUGCUUAAGCAGGGUCAUCCUAGAGCACAUCUCACAGGACUGUGACCAGACAAUUCUUGAGCAUCUCCAGUGAUAGAGUCUCCACAAUCUCUGUGUGCAAUCUAUUCCAGUGCUGGGAGUAAAGUUCUUCCUCAUAUUCAGGUGGAAUUUUCUGUGCAUCAGUUUCUGGCCUCUGCCUCCUGUCCUGCUUGGCAGCACCAAGCAGAGCCUGGCUGUAUCCUCAACACCCUCCCCUGAGAUAUUUCCAGACAUUUAUGAACUCCGUUAUCAGCUAUCUCGAGGCUGAAUAGGCCCAGCUCCCUCAUCCUUUCUUCUUAGGAGAGAUGCUCCUGUCCCUUAAUCAUCUUUUUUACCCUCUGCUGGACUAGCUCCAGGCUCCAUUUCUCUCUUGUACUCAGGAGCUCAGAAUUGGAAAGCGUACUGCAGACACUGGAAUAGUAAGGCUUAAGAUCGAUUUGUAUUAUUAUUCCCUUGGACACUGAAAAGACAACGUCUCUAAACACUGUUUUGCAACGGCGACAGGGACCUGCCAUACACUCUGGCCCUGACACCUUCUGUCCCCGCCCCUCACCAAUGAACUGCGGCACAUACAGCCUCAGGCCGGCACAGCUACGCGGCUCCCGGCCUCCGGGAGAGCUGUAGGAUGUAGCUGGGACAGAGCGGAUUCCCUGCCCUAGCCACGGUGUCAAAGAAGCCGUCAAAACCACUGUGGAAUACUCUGGAAGUGUGGUUCUACCUGUAGCUGUAUUCCUCCGCGACGAGGCGCGGAAAAGAGUUCCUUGCCAGGUCUCCCCGCCGCCCCUCGCCGCGGCGCUCGGAGGUCUCGGUCCUGCGGUCCUCGCGUCAAAGGGCGGCGGGGAACUGCAGCUGGAGACCGCAUAGCAGCAGUAGAAACCCGAGAACUCAUUGCACGCCAGCCCCUGUCAUGGCCGCCACUAAACGGCAAGACCGAUGCAUCCCAUACAUCGUCCAGCUGUGGUUCGCUGACCAAGACCCCUUUAAGGCGGAAGGAUACAACGUGCCGUGAGGCUCACUCCCCGUUCCGUGCCUAUAAAAACCAGCCGGGGAGGAAGCUUAGGUUUUUCGCCAGUCUCUCACGUCCGAGACGAUGCCCGAGAAGGUGCAGCACGAGGAGGAGGAUGCGGAGACCUUCGCUUUCCAGGCGGAGAUCGCCCAGCUCAUGUCGCUCAUUAUCAACACCUUCUAUUCCAAUAAGGAGAUUUUCCUGCGGGAGCUCAUCUCCAACGCCUCCGACGCCCUGGAUAAGAUCCGCUAUGAGAGCCUGACUGACCCCUCAAAGCUGGACAGUGGGAAAGACCUGAAAAUUGACAUCAUCCCCAACCCCCGGGACCGCACACUGACUCUGGUGGACACUGGCAUUGGGAUGACAAAAGCAGAUCUCAUCAACAACCUGGGCACCAUUGCCAAAUCUGGGACUAAAGCCUUCAUGGAAGCCCUGCAGGCUGGUGCAGACAUCUCCAUGAUCGGGCAGUUUGGUGUGGGUUUCUAUUCUGCCUAUCUGGUGGCUGAGAAGGUGAUUGUCAUUACCAAGCACAAUGAUGAUGAGCAGUAUGCUUGGGAGUCAUCAGCUGGGGGCUCAUUCACUGUCCGAACUGACUGUGAUGAGCCCAUUGGACGUGGCACCAAAGUGAUCCUGUACUUGAAGGAGGACCAGACUGAGUACUUGGAGGAGCAUCGUGUGAAAGAGGUGGUGAAGAAGCACUCCCAGUUCAUUGGCUACCCCAUCACGCUCUAUCUGGAGAAAGAACGUGAGAAAGAGAUCAGUGAUGAUGAAGUAGAGGAGGAGAAAGAUAAGAAGGAGGAAGAGUCAGUGUCCAAAGAUGAAGAGAAACCCAAAAUCGAGGAUGUGGGCUCUGAUGAGGAGGAGGAGGGAGACAAAGGCAAGAAGAAAAAGACCAAGAAAAUUAAGGAGAAAUAUAUUGACCAGGAGGAGCUGAACAAGACCAAACCAAUUUGGACACGCAACCCUGAUGACAUCACCCAGGAAGAAUAUGGCGAGUUCUAUAAGAGCCUCACCAAUGACUGGGAGGACCACUUGGCUGUCAAGCACUUCUCUGUGGAAGGGCAGCUGGAGUUCAGGGCCCUGCUUUUCAUCCCACGCCGUGUCCCUUUUGACCUCUUUGAGAACAAGAAGAAGAACAACAACAUUAAGCUGUAUGUGAGGCGGGUCUUCAUCACGGGCAGCUGUGAUGAGCUCAUCCCUGAAUACCUAAACUUUAUCGGGGGUGUUGUGGACUCAGAGGACCUUCCUCUGAAUAUUUCUCGUGAGAUGCUCCAGCAGAGCAAGAUCCUCAAAGUGAUCCGCAAAAACAUUGUGAAGAAAUGCUUGGAGCUCUUUUCAGAGCUGGCAGAAGACAAAGAGAGCUACAAGAAAUUUUAUGAGGCUUUUUCCAAGAAUCUAAAGUUGGGCAUCCAUGAGGACUCCACCAACCGAAAGCGCCUUUCGGAGCUUCUGCGGUACCACACAUCCUACUCAGGCUAUGAGGUGACUUCACUUUCUGAGUACGUGUCCCAUAUGAAAGAGAACCAGAAGAGUAUCUACUACAUCACAGGGGAGAGUAAGGAGCAGGUUGCUAACUCAGCCUUUGUGGAGCGUGUGCAGAAGCGUGGCUUUGAGGUGGUAUACAUGACAGAGCCCAUCGAUGAGUAUUGCGUGCAGCAGCUCAAGGAGUUUGAUGGCAAGACUCUGGUAUCAGUCACCAAAGAGGGGCUGGAGCUGCCUGAAGAUGAGGAAGAGAAAACAAAGAUGGAGGAGAGCAAGGCCAAGUUUGAGAACCUCUGCAAACUUAUGAAGGAAAUCUUGGACAAGAAGGUGGAGAAGCUAACCCUUGGCUAUGUUGGCAGGUCACUGUCUUCGAACCGGUUGGUCUCAUCUCCCUGCUGCAUUGUCACCAGCACCUGUGGUUGGACAGCCAACAUGGAACGCAUCAUGAAGGCUCAGGCACUGCGGGACAACUCUACCAUAGGCUAUAUGAUGGCCAAGAAGCACCUGGAGAUCAACCCUCAUCACCCAAUUGUGGAAACCCUUUGCCAGAAGGCUGAUGCUGACAAGAAUGACAAAGCUGUUAAAGAUCUGGUGGUGCUACUCUUUGAGACUGCUCUGCUGUCCUCUGGUUUCUCCCUGGAAGAUCCCCAGACCCACUCCAACCGCAUCUACAGGAUGAUCAAACUUGGGCUUGGCAUUGAUGAAGAUGAUGCAGAGGAGCCCAGUACAGCUGUCCCUGAGGAAAUCCCCGCUCUGGAGGGAGAUGAAGAUACAUCCCACAUGGAAGAGGUAGACUGAAGGAGGAAGGUUCUUCCUUCACCUGCCAGACCUCUGCUCUGUCAUGUCUGCUUAGAAGAUGGUCUGCGCCCACCAGCUGCUACUGACUUCUUGGUGGUGUCCUUUUGGCUGUGUUUGGUUGGGGUUGUUUUUGGCAGGGUGCAAGAGGGCAUGAUUCCCUUUUUGUUAGUAAUGAUUCAGGUAGCCUGAGGUCUGUCUGUUCUGUGUCUUUCUGCUUGUGUAGGAACAGCUGAUGGGGACUGGAGGUGUGAGGAAGCAUCAGGCUUCCUCUCACCCCCUCAUGGAGUGUCCCAUGUUACCAGAAGGCAUCAAAUACUGUCCUUAUGCCAUUGGGGUGGGAGAGCCCUUCCUCUGAACUUCUGCCUCCGUGAAGCCCCAGAAUAGCACAAUGUAUUUUGGAUGAGUUUUGUUUGAUUAUUUUUGGGUUUUUUGUUGGUUGUUUUUUUUUUUUUUUGUUCUACUGGAAUUAAAGAACUGAUGAUUUACA